UUGAUAUAAACCCUCCUCCUCCUCCUCUUCCCCCUCCUCCUCCUCUCCAGGAAACCAACUCCUAUUCCCGCUCCCUGUCCUCCGAUUGCUGGUUCGCCUGAGACGUUUGGCCGGAGGAUUCUUUCGGGCCUGCUCGGCUCCUACUUUCCUCCAGGAUUCGAUUCAAGCAUUGUCCGUAUUUACUCGAGGCUGGUGGGAGAGCGGGAAAAUGGCUCAACGUUCGCAGCAGCGUUCGCGUGUACCCCAGUUUGGCAAGUGGAACACCAGCGAGGACGUUGCAUAUACUGUCUGCUUCGACAAAGCACGCGAGCAACGGGGCGGCAGCGGCAUGAAAGUGGGGAACCCGAAUGACCCACAAGAGAACCCCGGCUUGCAUCUCAAUGGAGCACCUAAGUCCAAGUUUGCUCCUCCUGAAGCUUAUAAACCCAGAGUUGCCUCCGAGGAGCCUAGAGGACAGUCCAACAACCCCUCGGCGCGUAAAGACAAUGCAGCAUCUCGGACUAAUGACUCGAGACACCCGCAUUUCCAGUCCCAUGGGACCGCCUAUGGUGAGCCUCACAAGAGGCACGCUGGAACCAAUAAUGGUUAUGAUCACAGCGCUGGCCGGUCGCCUCUUCAUCACCAAGCAAAAGCUUCAGGCGGAGCCGCUCCUGGGAGCAGCCCUGGGGCCUAUGGAAGAUCCCGAGUGAGAGCAGAUGAUACCCCUAGCGGCGGUGCUGCGGUUCCGAGAUUCGGCGAAUGGAAUGUUAACGACCAUGCAUCGGGCGAUGGUUACACUACUGUUUUCAACAGAAUAAAGGAAGAGAAGCAGAGGCGCCCCAUGGCAGCAAUGUCACCCGGUCAGAACGUCCACGCAUCGCCCUAUGCCGGCGACGGGAAGCUGAGUCCAAGGGGCAAUCCCAAGGGUUGCUGCUUCCCCUGGAUGUGAAGUCGAGGGUCUGCAAACUCGGUCGUCGCCAGGGGCGGGGCCGCCGCGAAGUGUAAAUAUCUUUGAAGGAUCAUCUGCCUUUCGGAGAGUUUACUUCUUUGAUUCACCAUCAUUGAUUGUUUUUUUUUUGUUUUUUUCCCAACCUCUGUUGCAACUCCUGUCAUGUUACAAGAGAUGUAAUGUGAAACAAUCUUAUUCCUCUGUGUAUCGUUUAGUGCUGCGUCAUGUGGACAUCGAUGAGCAUUUCGUACUGCUUUUUCGAG